UCUACUGUCAGCACUGUUUACAGAGAGAACCAUGAAAGCUGUGCUACUGUCAGCACUAGUUGUACUAGUCUACUCUACCCCACCACAGCGACCACCAGUCCCCAGAUGUGCUACUGUAAAGAGAGAAGCUGGGCUGACUGAAGGUUUUCCAAUAAACGUGGCCCAUCGGCUGCACAGCCUCACUCUAGAGGAUCUCCGGUACUACUUCAACUCGAAAGCACCUGUGGACAAUGGAAUUCCAACAGUUAACUUCAACCUGACUAAGAACGCUCCAAGGGUGGUUCCCAACGCUCCCCUCUUUGGAUUUGACACUGACUUUGGAACACAGGCCAUGAGACAUCUUGAUCAGGUGCUCCGCAACAUGGACAAGCUAAACUUUGGUAUAACAAACUACAGUGUCCUGGAGAAAGUGGCCCACGUUAUGCACAUGGCAGAGCUCUGGAACCAAGCCAAGAAAUACUACGAGAUAAUGGAGGAGAAGUCCCCCUCCGAGGAGCUGUGCGGGUGUGUUAAUGAUGUGGCUGAGAACGGUGUCCUGUCCGAGUUGGAGCUGCUCGCCCUCAAGAUCAAGUAUCCUGGCUUAACGUCCGGAAGAGCAGACCUGCCCUACGGACUACCUCCUCAUUCCAAAGAAGGAGUAUCUAUGCAGCUAGACGAGCGCAGAAAAGCUUACGAAAUUUCUUACACACUAAAAACAGACGCUGAGACCAGGUCACCAAUAUUUCAAAAACAUCUGAGAAAGUUUGAUUUUGAGGGGGACGAGGACGAGGUUCUAGCAAGGGCAAUGGAAGAGCUACAGGACGGUGACCAGGGACUAGAUACACACCUGGACAGUGAAGAUGGUUGGGCGUCAUGGAGACAAGGAUUCAAGGGAAUGGAUGACCAUGGAAACUUCGAGUUUGCAAUGUUCAUCUACUGCAAGUUAAACCAGUGAAACGGAACUUAACAGAGCAAAUAAAAGACUACGAA